UGUCUUGAUGAGGUACUGAGGAAUGCACAGUUGUCAUGGAAACCCAGUCCCAGACCAGUUCUGCAGCAGAGAAGAAGAAGAGAGUGGAGACCAUUGUAGCCACCAAGAGCGCGCCCACCCGUGCAGAAAUCAGUGAAAAGGCUGUGGCCUCCAGCACUACUUCCAAUGAGGAUGACAGUUCAGGUUCCCCAUAUCAUCGUGAGAGGCGUAAUGCCAUCAGUGGGCAGGCUGCGGUUCUGGCCAUAUCAGGAAAAAUUAGUGAGGAGCCAUCCACCUCUACAGAAGACCGCCCCCCAUUAGUGAAGAAAGAGCUUCACAGCUCUCUGCCCCACCUGGCAGACCACACUCUGCCCUAUCGGGGGACACUGUUCGCCAUGGACCCUCGCAAUGGAUACCUGGACCCUCACUAUAGUGAGUUACUACUUUGUCAUGUUCUUUGGCCAUAUUGGGACAAACACCCACUCACUAAUUUUUUGGUUCCAAUUUAUCUAUACAUUCUUGUCUUUUUAUCCUAUAAAUAUGUUAGGCCCUUCCUUAAAUCCUAG